GAAGAGAAUGAAGCCUCAACAAGCCACUGCACAGCAGAUACACGGGAGAAACGAAGGAGGCGAUGGCGACCAUGGCCGGGCGCUACUGGUGCAGCUACAGCUCGCCUUCUGCGCCGCCGCCCCAGCGGCAGCGCGGGCCUCCGCUGCAGCCGCGACACACGGGAGGACGGGGAAGGGGACUCCGGCGACCGAGCCUACGGGCGGCCGCGUCGGCGGCGGGGGAGCCCGUGAAGGCGGCCACGGACGCCGAGUUCUUCCAGCCCGCCGACUCGAGGCCCAUCAUGCUCUUCGACGGCGUGUGCAACCUCUGCAACGGCGGCGUCCGGUUCGUGCGGGAGCGCGACCCUGGCCGGAGCAUCAGGUACAUCCCCCUCCAGAGCGACUCCGGGAGGAAGCUCCUGCGCCGGUCCGGCAGAAGCCCCGACGACAUCUCCAGCGUCGUCCUCGUCGAGAAGGACAGGUCCUACAUCAAGUCUGAAGCUGUGCUGAGGAUAAUGGAGUACCUCAACCUGCCGUUCCCGCAGCUCGCCGCGUUCCUCAAAAUUGCCCCUCUGUUUGUGAGGGACUUCGCCUACGACAACGUCGCGAACAACCGGUAUGUGGUGUUCGGCCGGUCAGAGACAGAAUCAUGCGAGAUACUCUGAAUUGGUGCCGCAGAUAAGCACCUCAGUGCUCUUGCUUAUAGUAUUAUAGAUAGAAGAAUGGCCAUACAUUGAGAAGUUGUAGGCAUGACAGAUAUGAGACAGAAUCAUGCGAGAUACUCUGAAUUGAUGCCGCAGAUAAGCACCUCGGUGCUCCUGCUUAUAUAUUAUAGAUAGAAGAAUGGCCAUACAUUGA